CUUUGUCUGUCAUCUCAGCAGUGCAAAGCAUUGAACCAAAUACACCAGCCGACAAAAUCAUCUCGAUCGCUCUGGAAAUACGCGACGCUCAGUGGAUUGAAUUAAUCGUUAGUGAUAUAAAGAGGCUCCUGUGAGUCUAUGUGCUUUUGAAUAACGAUGGGGACACACAUUACACCUCGGAAAAUGGACUGCUCGUGGUUUGCUUUGGCUCUGCUGAUUUUUGUUGGAAGAGACGCUCUGGCUCAGAUACGGUACUCUGUUCCAGAGGAGGUACAAGAAGGAACUGUGGUUGGAAAUGUUGCCAAGGAUCUUGGCCUUGACAUCGCUUCUUUGACGGAUCGACGUUUCCGUGUUGUGACUGAAAGUAAGAACGCAAUUUUUGAGGUAAAUCAGAAUAAUGGGGCAUUGUACGUCAGCAGUCAUAUUGACAGAGAGGAGCUCUGUGAGGGCAGCGGUGCUUGUUUGGUGGAGCUAAAGAUCCUUGUGGAAAAUCCGUUGGAAAUACAUUAUGUGGUGGUAGAAAUUACUGAUGUCAAUGACCACUCUCCUAGUUUCCUGAAAACGAACAGAGAUUUGAAAUAUGGGAACAAACACUACCAGGAAGGCGAUUCCAGUUGCACACUGCUCACGAUCCCGAUGCAGGAAUUAAUUCUAUUCGUACAUACACGUUAACGUCAAAUGAACACUUUGAAAUAAAUCUCCGUCAAAGUGAUGUGGGAAAGAUACCAUUUUUAGUGCUGAAGAAACCGUUAGAUAGAGAACAAAAGAACAAACACACGCUGCUGGUUACAGCAGUCGAUGGAGGUAAACCUCCCAGAUCAGGAACACUGAAUGUGUCUAUUAUUGUUCUUGAUACUAAUGAUAAUCGCCCAAUAUUUAGUCAGGAGAUUUAUCAAAUCUCAAUAAAAGAAAACAUUCCUGUUGGCACUUCAGUGUUUAAAAUGAAUGCGACUGAUCGAGAUGAGGAAACUAAUGGAGAAGUAGAAUACAGCUUUGGAAAAACUCUGAGGCGGAAAGUUUAUGAUAUUUUUGAACUGGACAAAUUAACAGGAGAAAUUAUAGUAAAGGGAAUGGUGGACUUUGAGGAAAACGACUUAUAUGAACUGGACGUUGAGGCAUCAGAUAAAGGAACACCUCCAUUAACGGGUGAAUGUAGAGUAAUUAUAAAAGUUAUAGAUGUUAACGAUAAUCCACCAGAAAUACAAGUGACAUCACUGUCAAAUACAGUGUCUGAAGACUCUAAGCCUGGAACAGUUAUUUCAUUACUUAGUGUGAAAGACAAAGAUUCUGGAGUCAAUGGAAAAAUAAUCUCAAUCAUAAUCAAUGAAGUGCCUUUUGAGUUGAAGCCAUCAUAUAAAGAAAACACAUAUUCAAUUGUCACUAAAGGAUUUUUGGAUCGAGAGCAGGUGUCUCAUUAUGAAAUAACAAUUAAAGCCACAGACUGUGGUGAGCCUCCUUUGUCUACAUUUAAAACUCUCAACAUUCAAAUUUCAGAUGUAAAUGACAACAGUCCACAAUUCUCACAAAACUCACUGCAGUUUUACCUGCUAGAAAAUAAUGUUGCUGGAGCUUCAAUAUUCUCUGUAAGUGCAACAGACAAAGAUUUUAAUGACAAUGCAGCUAUUUCAUAUCAUAUUGUGAGAGACGGGAACCAAAAUGGCAUAAUGUCGUUUCUAAAUGUCAAUUCAGAAAACGGACAUAUCACAGCACUGAAAAGUUUUGACUUUGAAACACUGAAAACUUUCCAGUUCAAAGUUGUUGCCACAGAUUCUGGAGCUCCGUCUCUCAGCACCAAUGUCACAGUCAACGUGUUCAUUCUGGAUCAGAACGACAACGCUCCAGUCAUCCUGUAUCCACUCAGCUCCAAUGGAUCUGCUGAAGGUGUGGAGGAGAUUCCCAGAAAUGUCAACGCAGGACACUUGGUCACCAAAGUCAGAGCCUAUGACGCUGAUAUAGGAUAUAACGGCUGGCUGCUCUUCUCACUGCAGGAACUCACUGACCACAGUCUCUUUGCUUUGGACCGAUAUACAGGACAGAUCAGAACACUUCGCUCAUUCACAGAGACAGACGAGGCUGAACACAAACUGGUCAUACUGGUCAAAGACAACGGAAACGUUUCACUCUCAGCAACAGCUACUGUCAUUGUCAAACUUGUGGAGCCCAAAGAGGCUUUUGCAGCGUCUGAUGUCAAAAGUGCAGCAAAAGUAGAUGAGGAUGACAAUGUGACAUUUUAUCUGAUGAUAACUUUGGGAUCAGUUUCUGUGCUUUUUCUCAUCAGCAUCAUCAUUCUGAUUGCAAUGCAGUGCUCCAAAUCCACAGACUAUACUUCCAAAUAUCUACAAGAGACUAAUUAUGAUGGGACACUGUGUCACAGCAUCCAGUACAGAUCUGGAGACAAACGCUACAUGUUAGUUGGACCCAGAAUGAGUAUCGGAUCUACUAUAGUUCCUGGAAGUCAUGCAAAUACUCUCGUGCUUCCUGACAGGAGGAGGGCAUCUGAAGAGACAGACUGA